AUGGAAUACGUGCGUCCACGAUGGCAGCCAGACGAUGAGGUAGACGAGUGUCCGAUUUGUGAGGUUCCGUUUAGUUUCUGGUACAGGAAGCAUCAUUGUCGGAAGUGUGGGCGCGUGGUGUGUGCUUCGUGCUCGCCGCAUCGGAUUACGAUUCCGAGGCAGUAUAUUGUUCGG